GCUUCGGCGGGAGGUAUUCAACAAAUUUUUAUCUUUCUCUCUCCAUCGAAUCGACUUCUUUGAUCAACCCAGUGUUCAAAUUCAUCACGAAAAGGUCAAAACGUCAAAUCACAUCUCAUAGAUUAGGUCUUCAGUUGAUCUUUCAGUUUUAAAUGCUGAAAUAUAUGGUUGAAAUAGUGUAUUUCUCAAAAGUCGUUGAUCCAUCAAUACCCUUUCUUUCAUUAUUGAUUUUUCAGAUUGAACUCUUAAGAGAUUGUUGAAAUUGAUCCAUUUCCAUAAGUUUCAAUUAUCUUAGUUUAUCCCCACUUAGAAUGGAAAAGAAAGGUAGUGUAUUGAUUCAAAAGUAUGAACUUGGGAGGUUAUUAGGUCAAGGAACCUUUGCCAAGGUUUACUAUGCUAGAAACCUUGAAACUAGCAUGAGUGUAGCCAUUAAGGUUAUAGACAAAGAAAAGGUAAUGAAAGCAGGAAUGAUGGAUCAAAUCAAGCGAGAGAUUUCAGUUAUGCGGCUUGUCAAACAUCCCCAUAUUGUACAACUCUACGAAAUCAUGGCUAGCAGAACAAAAAUCUACUUUGUUAUGGAAUAUGUAAAAGGAGGCGAACUCUUCAAGAAAAUUGCCAAAGGGAAACUCAAAGAAGACAUUGCAAGGAAGUAUUUCCAACAGCUAAUAAGUGCAGUCGAUUUUUGUCAUAGUAGAGGAGUCUACCAUCGUGAUUUGAAACCAGAGAACAUUCUAUUGGACGAGAAUGGAAUCCUUAAAGUUUCCGACUUUGGAUUAAGUACACUCUCGGAAUCUAAGUGCAAGGACAGUUUGCUCCACACAACUUGUGGAACUCCGGCUUAUGUUGCUCCGGAGGUGAUCAACAGAAAAGGAUAUAACGGGAAAACAGCUGAUGUUUGGUCGUGUGGGGUGGUUUUGUAUGUGUUAGUGGCCGGUUACCUUCCCUUUUAUGAUGCAAAUCUUAUGGAUAUGUAUAAGAAGAUUUCUAAAGGUGAAUUCAAAUACCCCAAUUGGUUUAACCCGGAAAUGCGGACACUUUUGUCAAACAUUCUUGACCCGGAUCCGGUAACCCGAAUACCAAUUGAGAAAAUCAUGGAGCAUACUUGGUUUCGAAAAGGGUUAAACUCGAAAGUUUCAGGAAUCCAAUUGAGAAUUGAAGAAGAACCGGCUAAGUGUGAACUUGACUCGGUUUUUGGGCCAUCCGAGGAGGCCAAACCGGUGGUUAACUUAAAUGCUUUUGAUAUUAUUUCUUUGUCGGAAGGAUUUGAUUUGUCAGGUUUGUUUGAGAAAAAUGAGCAUAAGAAAGAGGUUCGGUUUACUUCGAGGCAGACUGCUAAGAUGAUUAUAUUGAAAUUUGAAGAAAUGGCGAAAAAAUUGAAGAUGAUUGUGGCGAAGAAGGAAGGAGGAAUGAUGAAAUUUGAGAGAUUGAAUGAAGGGAGAAAAGGUAUGUUAUUGAUUCAAGUUGAGAUAUUUGAGGUAACUUCUAGUUUCCAUUUAAUCGAGAUGAAAAAAUCGAAUGGAGAUAGCUUAGAAUAUCGUAAAGUAAUGAAUGAGGAUAUUAGACCGGCUCUCAAAGACGUUAUUUGGACAUGGCAAGGGGACAAACCGUCGUCGACCGAGUCCUCGGUCGCGGCCACUGCAAGUUACACCAAUACAAAUAUAUAAGGAUAGCUUAAGUAACAAAAAAAAAAAUUCUUACCUAAUCAUAGGUUAAUUUCAAGUUCGAGUCAUGAUAGUUACCCGAAAAUAAAUCGGGUAAAAAAAAGUUACACCAAUGCAGGCUGAGAGUAAACUUUUUGUUAUACUGUAUUUAUUCUUUGUUGUGAUUGUAUCUUAAUAAAAUUAAGUAUUUACUAAUAUUUUUAAU